AUGACAGAUUUUGGUUUUGAUAUUUGGAAUAUAGUCAUUGCACUACUUUGGGCUGUUUUUGGCUCUGCCAUUGAGUCUAACACUUCCACUGAGUCUAACACUCCACUGAUUGUUGGUGUAGUUUUGGGAGUGAUCUGUUUUCUCUUCAUCAUCACUUUCAUUCUCUUCUUCUAUUCAAGAAGUAAUAUUGCUUUGAGAAUAGAAGAUUAUGAAGAGUACUUUAAGCAGAAACAUAAAGAUUCCAACUGUGGUUUUGCUGAAGAGUAUGAGGAGUUGAAAACAGUUGGAACGGCACAGUCCAAAAACACUGCCCUGGCUAUUGAAAACAAGCUGAAGAACCGUUACAGCAAUGUGCUACCUUAUGAUGCUUCAAGAGUGAAGUUAUCAAUGUGUGGCAGUCCCUUUGAUGACUACAUCAAUGCCAACUACAUGCCAGGUUACAAUUCAAGAAAAGAGUUUAUAGCAGCUCAGGGUCCGCUGCCCACCACAGUGAAUGAAUUCUGGAGAAUGGUCUGGGAGAAGAAUGUCCACACCAUAGUGAUGCUGACCAAAUGCAACGAGAUGGGACGAACACCUGGUUAGAGAACACAUGAACCAGUACUCACACCACUCUCCAACUGUAGUGCAUUGCAGUGCCGGUGUGGGAAGAACGGGGACCUUCAUUGCCAUUGACCACCUGAUCUUCCAGAUUGAAAGAGACAGCAUGGUGGACAUCUACGGAAUCGUUAAUGAUAUGCGCAUACACAGGCCUCUCAUGGUGCAGACUGAGGAGCAAUAUGUUUACCUCCACCAGUGUGCGCAUAACAUAAUUCGAUCAAGAACGGGAACCAACAUGGACUUA